AGUUCCAUGGGCGCCUGGCCACUUGGCGAGUCAUCAAGGGCAGUGACCCCCACCCGCCCCUCGGUGUCUUCGCCUGCAAUGCGGCAGAGGGCGACCGCAAGUGCUGCAAUCAAUGAUGGGACUCCACCGGAAGACAUCGGGAGGCAGGCGUGGGAGAACUGUCGCCUACAGAUGCGGCGUGCUGCCGCGGAGAACAUAACCACCGGUGUGUCCAGGCUGCGUGUGGGGAGCGACGUGGAUGCGGACGACAGCCUUCGGGCGAGUGGGGACGAGUCUCCGGAUUCCCGUUACGAAGACGACGCGGAAGACGGUGAGGGGCUGGAGAUCCGGCCCGUGGCUGCACGUGGUGGGCGGAGGGGAGGACGUGGACGUCAGCAGAGGGGCGAGUCGCGUGGUGGCCGAGGAUCGAAGGCUCCUGUGGGUGACAGGGGUGGCAAGCACCCAGCUUGGAGUGUGGAGGAGAUGCUGAAGCUCGCUCGAGCGAAGCGGGAUCAGCAAGCUCAUUUCGAGGGAAUGCCGCAUAACUACGGCCGCAUGCGCAACAGGGAGUGGAAGCUGCUGGACCUACAGAAGCGGCUGGCGGAGGUCGGGGUGAACAGGGCAACGAACGACAUCGGGAAGAAGUGGGAUAACGUCUUCCAGCAGUACAAGAAGGUGCAGUGUUACCAGAACAUGUCCGGUGGGAAGAACUUCUUCGCAUUAACUCGUGCAACGAGAGAGGACGAGGGCUUCAACUUCCGAAUGGAUGAGCGAGUCUUCAAUGGGAUCGACAACAUGUCAAAAAAUAACAAGACCAUCUACCCGGACAAUGUGGCAGACACGAGCGCCCGCGGAGGAGUGCCGCCAGCAAUGGAUGGUCACCGUCAGGCCGCCGUUGGUGGAGAGUCCUCUGCUGGUGGAGAGCGGGGUGAUGGCGUCGACGAAGAUGUAGGUUCAGCGAGGGAGUCGGGGUUCAGUCCAGGGAGCACGGGCACUCCAGCGAAGAAGAAGAACAUGCGGCAGCAGACCUUCGACGCCAUCGCCGAAGUUAUGGACAAACACGGUGCAUUGAUGGCGGACACGAUAGAGGGUGCGAGCAAACGACAAUGUAGCAUCCUGGAGCGGCAGUGUGACAUACUGGGAAGGCAUUACACGGCGUCCGAUGAGGCAAACAGGAUGAUGGUCCGCACGCCGAGGGAGGGGAAAUGUCACCGCGAGCACUAUAAAGGUCGGCGUGAGUGCUAUCUUGUCCAUGUCUUUUGGUUCUCGACUGCAAGCAAGGCCACGCGUGGGGGUUCCGUUGUGCUGCGCAGGGAGCUGAACAUCGCCCACACAAGACGAUCCCUGGCGACUUCCUCUCAAGCGCUGUGGCAGUCCGCUUUCGUUCAUGAGGUGUGCGCAUCCGCUCGUCAACGAAUGGCGCCACGUGGCCAGCAGAAGGCGAAACGUCCACACGGUGGUUCCGGCAAAGCAGGUGCAGGGCAGACAGGAAGGGGCCACGUCCCAAAGUCGAAGAAGCUCCGCGCGGGAGACGGGUUGGAAGGCGAGAUGGGGGGUGACGGAAGAGAGGAGGUGACGCCUAUGGACAUCACUUCUGCAGGGACGCCUGCGCUCGGGUUUGGGCGAGAAGGUGUGAGCAGGCAGCGUAUGCUUGCGCUCACCAACCUUGGCGUCCUCACGUCCACACGCGGUGGCGGUGGAGGGACGGCUCGUGCGCAAGGAGUUCUGUCCGGUGACAUUCCGCCGCAGAGGGCCGUGGCUUCUGCAUCUACCAUCGCAUCCGUGUCCGAGCGCGGCGAUAAGGCUCCGGUCGGUGAGUCUCCAUCGCGCCACGUGGAGGCGUCGAACCCAACGAUCAUCGGCGCUUCGCCGAGGGCUGUGCUUCAAUCCUCGCAAGCAGCGAGCGCUGCUGGCCAUGCCGCCGCCCUCGGUAGUGGAGAAAGGCGAGAAGAUCGGAGGGUGGAAGAGGCGGGGAGAAAACAGGAGAGGAGGGAGGAGAGUCUGCGUGGGGAAGAAGAGGACGACCAGCCUCUGAGCGAGAGGAAGAAAAGGUCCCGCCAAAAGGAGGAGUUGGAGGCGAAAUCGAAGCUGUGGGUAGACGACAAAGUGUUCGGGGCAACUGGCCCCGGACAGAUGAUCGCGGACGCAGUGCAUUCCUGCGCGGACUACUUUUGCGCGAUCGUCAAUGGAGAUGCAGGCGCCAGCGCUUUGCAAGGCCUCAUGAUGCCGCCCCCCGAAGUCUCGCGCGUGCGAAUCGAAGAUGGCGCGCAACAAGAGCCAGCUCUCAAACGGGCGAGACGAACGGAAAACGUGGCAAUGCACGUCAUCCACGGGUGGGUAUUCAGGUCCUCUUCAGGGUCCGAUGGUUUUGCCCGCGCGGAGUCCUACGUCGCCACAGAUUACCCCACCAACCUGGCGAGAGCAGUUUGGCAGAGCUUGGAGUGGUUGAGGAUAGUGCCGCCCGACGUAGUUUACCACACGGUCGCUUUGAAGAUGGACAUCCCAGUGUGGUUCGUCAGGGCAUAUAUCGAGAACAGGCCGGAGGACAAUGACAUGGCCGCACACCAGGAGGUGACUGUGAUGCAUCUUGCGUCAUGCUUCCACGACGCGCUCCGAGCCGGGCAGUGGUGGGACGGCGGUAGAUUGUCACACCAGAGACUGAGCAGAAUCGGGGAUGCUUUCCGCCUGCUUCUCGCCGCGUGCAUGUGGGUCAUGCGCAUGGGAGGCGACGAUGCGCGCUCCUACGAGGAGGCGUCUUACUACGCGCAGCUGGUGGCGAAGCCUACUCUCGUGGCGGCGUGUUCAUCGUCCUUCAACUGACGCCGCCAUGUGAUGCACUCGGUGAACGCGGUCUUGAGUCGCCUGCGGAAGCCA